AUCUCGAUCAUCUUCCGAGUUCCGAUACACUCCCUCUCGUCAUGCAUCUCCUCGCCGUUCUUUGUGGCGUCAUUUUCUCCCUGCUACAGCUGCACACUCCUACACGCUCGGCAGCGACAGAUACGCUCUCGCGCGGUGGUUCGCUGGCCGGAGACGAGACGCUUGUCUCCAGCAACGGCAAGUUCGCGCUCGGCUUCUUCGAGACCAAGAGCGACAAUUCCACGCACAACGCCUCAAACUCGUAUCUUGGAAUAUGGUUCCACAAAGUCCCCAGGCUGACGCCCGUGUGGAGCGCCAACGGGGACAAUCCGGUCUCCAGCACUGCUUCGCCGGAGCUCAUGAUCUCCGACGACGGCAACCUGGUCAUCAUAGCCGCCACCGGCACCAAGGUCUGGUCUACCCAGGCCAACAUCACGGCCAACAUCUCCGUCGUCGCUGUUCUGCUGGCCGACGGGAACCUUGUCCUGCGGAGCUCCACCAACUCCUCGGACGUAUUCUGGCAGAGCUUCGACCACCCAACCGACACCCUGCUGCCCGGUGCGAAGCUGGGCAGAAACAAGGCCACCGGCCUGGACCGCCGCUUCGUUUCAAGAAGGAAUUCGAACGACCAAGCUCCAGGCGUUUACUCCAUCGGCCUAGCUCCUGACGGCGUUGACGAGAGCAUGAGGCUGUCGUGGAGAUCCUCUACGGAGUACUGGUCCUCCGGCGAGUGGAACGGCAGGUACUUCAACGGGAUACCGGAGAUGUCGGAUCCCUCCUACUGCAACUACAUGUUCGUCAGCAGUGGCCCAGAGUUCUACUUCUCCUACACCUUGGUAAACGAGAGCACGGCGUUUCAGGUCGUGCUGGACGUCUCUGGCCAGUGGAUGGUGCGCGUGUGGGACUGGGACAGAAACGACUGGAUCACGUUCAGCUACUCUCCGAGAAGCAAAUGCGACGUCUACGCUGUCUGUGGAGCCUACGCGGUCUGCUCUAGCAACGCAGACCCGGUGUGCUCCUGCAUGAAGGGCUUCUCUGUGAGGUCGCCUGAGGACUGGGAAAUGGAGGACAGGACUGGCGGGUGCAUCAGAGACACUCCAUUGGACUGCAACGCCACAAGCAUGGCAGAUAGGUUCUAUCCCAUGCCAUUUAGUAGGCUGCCCAGCAAUGGCAUGGGUAUACAGAACGCUACGAGCGCGAAAUCGUGUGAGGGGUCUUGUUUGAGUAGCUGCUCUUGCACUGCAUAUUCCUACGGCCAAGGCGGUUGCUCUCUGUGGCACGACGAUCUAACCAAUGUAGCACCUGACGACACUGGGGAGACUCUCUACCUUCGUCUCGCCGCGAAAGAGGUGCAGAGCUGGAAACACCAUAGACAUGGAAUGGUCAUCGGUGUUGCUGUGGGUGUAAGCGCUGUCACUGCCACCCUAGUGUUCAUCUUCCUGAUCUGGAGACGAAGCAGUAGGCGGUCUAGUCAUCCGGCGGACAGUGACCAGGGUGGCAUUGGGAUCAUCGCGUUCAGGUACGCUGAUAUAAAACGCGCAACUAACAAUUUCACAGAGAAGCUAGGCACGGGUGGCUUCGGCUCCGUAUUUAAGGGGUGCCUCGGUGAGUCGGUCGCCAUCGCCGUGAAGAGGCUAGACGGCGCCCACCAGGGAGAGAAGCAGUUCAGGUCCGAGGUGAGCUCAAUAGGCAUCAUCCAGCAUGUCAACUUGGUUAAGCUCGUCGGGUUCUGCUGCGAAGGUGACAGGAGACUCCUUGUCUACGAGCACAUGCCGAACCGUUCCCUCGACGUCCACCUAUUCCACCAGAGCGCGCAUGGCAGUGGCACCACCGGUUUGCGCUGGGACAUCAGGUAUCAGAUAGCUCUCGGUGUGGCCAGAGGCCUAGCGUACCUGCACCAUAGCUGCCAAGAUUGCAUCAUACACUGUGAUAUCAAACCGCAGAACAUACUUCUCGACGCGUCCUUCGUUCCGAAGAUCGCGGAUUUCGGAAUGGCCAAGUUUCUCGGGAGGGAUUUCAGCCGCGUCCUGACUACGAUGAGAGGAACUGUUGGGUACCUCGCCCCUGAAUGGAUCAGCGGAACAGCCAUCACAUCGAAGGUCGAUGUGUACAGCUACGGGAUGGUUUUGCUGGAAAUCGUAUCGGGAAGGAGGAACGCCGGCAGAGAAGCUUCCACCGACGAUGACUGUUGCCAUGCCAAGUGUUGCUUCCCUGUGCAGGUCGUGGACAAGCUUCUCAAUGGAGGUGUUGAAAGCGUUGUGGAUGCAAGCUUGGGCGGCGAUGUCAACCUAGACGACGUUGAAAGAGUCUGCAGAGUUGCUUGUUGGUGCGUCCAGGAUAAUGAGUAUGAUCGCCCUACAAUGGUUGAGGUAGUGCAGUUUCUCGAGGGCUUGUCUGAGCCUGAUAUGCCUCCCAUGCCAAGAUUGCUUCAUGCUAUCGCUGGUGGCUCGCCUUGAUGUUGUAUUGCUAAGCUUUAGAAGUACUUCAUGCUAUCGCCCUACAAAAGUCAGUAUACAACUCUCUGCAGCAUGCAGUCUCCACACCACACAGUUCGAAGUCUGUUUUAUCUUC